GCAAACACUCCUGACAGUUUGUUUUCGGAGAAAAUUCAGCCUGUUUCUCUUUUCAUAAACAGUUCCUUUUUCGAAAAUCUCAAUAUAAUGGUGGGCGCAAUGCCUGUUAAUUUGAUACCAAAAUUUUGCAACGGUACCAUGGAUAGCCGGAAUGGUACCGAGGAAGGCGAGUCGCAAGUGAGAAUCGGCAGUCGUGUGAAGUGCAAUGACGACUUCGCCACAGUAAAAUAUAUCGGAGAAGUGCAAGGAUACAAAGGAAUUUGGUACGGAGUGGAAUGGGAUGAUCCUGCGAGAGGAAAACAUGACGGGUCUUUGGAUGAUAUUCAGUAUUUUAAGACCUCGAAACCAGGCGCUGGGUCUUUUAUACGCCCUAACAAAAUUGCACCAAGUAUUACUUGUGCUGAUGCUAUCAAGAAGUAUUACGGAGAUCGAGAGGAUGAGACAGUGGCAGCUCACCGGCGCACAGUGAUCAAUGAAUGGAAGAGGGAGAUGGGUGCUCCAUUCAUUGAAAUGGUUGGCUUUGAAAAGAUCCAUCAGAAACAAAAAUUCGACCGCCUAGUGGAAGUGUGCGUCCGCGACCGCUGCGUGUCCAGCGCGGGCGACGUUGCCGCUCUGUGCCCGCGCGCCCGCUCGCUCGACGUAUCCAGCAACUUGUUUAGCAACUGGCGCGAAGUCAUACAGCUGAGCGCGCAGUUGCCAGAUCUGAGGGAACUAGAUGUCAGCAAAAACCGCAUGGCCAUCAACUUACCCGAAGAAACCCUGGACCAGCUCUCGAUCAAUCUAUCCAACUUGGAAAAACUCAACAUAUCCGUCUGCGACUACGAAUGGUCCGACAUCCUUGCUCUAUCCCACCUCACUCCGAAGAUCCAAGAAAUCAUUGCCGCUUACAACCGAGUCAGAACUAUAUCACCACCAACGGUCACUCUCCGAACACUAACCAUUCUAAGACUCGAUGGGAACCCGAUGGACUCAUGGUACGAAGUCAUGAAUCUAGGCUGGUUGGAGAAUCUGAAGGUGCUAAGUCUGAACGAUUGUCAGAUUGAGCAGAUCAGGUUCAAUGAUAAUCCGGGGAAUGCGAAGGUGGAUGUGUUUGAGAAUUUGGAGUUGUUGUUUCUAAACAGGAACAAGAUAAAUGAUUGGCGGUCAGUAAGCGAGCUGGACAAGCUGAACCGCCUCCGCAAGCUCUACUUCUUGAAGAACCCGAUACAGGCCACCGAGGACUAUGACACUGGAUCUCAGCUGAUUAUGGCGAAAAUUGGCACACUACAGGAACUGAACGGGUCGAAAAUAACCCGUGAAUUACGCCGGGGAGCGGAGUACGACUACAUGAAACGUUACGGGGCGGAAUGGAAACGCGCGCAGACGGACCUGCAUGCGCAGGCGGCUUUUGAUAUAGACCAUUGCCGAUUCCAGGAACUCGUUAUGAAAUACGGCAUUCCAGACGACAGCCUCCUCGUGCAACAACCAAAAUCCUCCACCCUCACCUCACAGCUCCUAGAAAUCACACUCCAAGACGAAAACGGAAAACGACUCAAAAAGAAGUUCCCCAACACUAUGGCUGUUCAAAAACUGGUCACACUCGCACAGAGACUUUUCGCGAAGGGCAACACCGGAAAACCAAAACUUUAUCUACUCGACGACCAAAUGAAAGGAGCCGAAAUAUGCCUAGAUAACUACAUGAAAGACUUGGCUUAUUAUUCUAUGAAAAAUGGAGACAAUAUUCUCGUUAAAUUCAGAUAAAUUCUGUAUAUUUAUUCAUGGCAACCCUUAAGUUAAUUGGCGCAUUUAUUUAUUUUCCAAAUCAGCUUUGUAAAUAACAUGUCCAAAUUGUACCUGUAUUUAUUGCUAAUGUUUUCACAAAUAAAUAUCCUUAUUGUAUUUUUA